AUGGCAGAAGGAUCAAACUACGAUUAUCUCUUCAAGGUAGUGUUAAUCGGCGACUCUGGAGUAGGGAAAUCGAACCUCCUCUCCCGUUUCACACGUAACGAGUUCAACCCGGAUUCCAAGUCCACCAUCGGGGUCGAAUUCGCCACCCGUUCCCUCGAGGUUGACGGGAAAGUCGUCAAGGCCCAGAUCUGGGAUACAGCAGGUCAAGAACGUUACCGCGCUAUCACCUCUGCCUAUUACCGAGGCGCGGUAGGCGCGUUGCUCGUGUAUGACAUCUCGAAGCAGCCGACGUUCGCGAAUGUCGCGAGGUGGCUCAAGGAGUUGCGGGAUCAUGCGGAUUCAAGUAUUGUCGUUAUGCUCGUGGGGAAUAAGAGCGAUUUGAAGCAUUUGAGAGCGGUGUUGACCGAUGAGGCGAAACAGUUUGCUAUGGAUAACGGACUUAGCUUUAUCGAGACUUCUGCGCUGGACGCGAGUAACGUCGAGGCUGCUUUCCAGCAGAUCCUUACUGACAUCUACCGCAUCGUCUCGAGCAAAUCUCUCGAUGCGGCCGACGAAGUCAUCCAGCCUUCAAGAGGCACGACCGUGACUGUUACACCCCAAGGCGGGCAGAAGCCGCAGCAGCAAGGAGGAGGAUGCUGCUAA